UGUUGAGAUCAUUCAAUGCAACAUCUGAGGCUCUCUGGCCUAUAAAGGAUCCACCUCAUACCACUAUUUCCGUAAUAUAAGGCUAUGUUAUUGUUUUUUGAAAAAAGUACCAUACAAUAUUUGCACAUCCCUAUCACCUCUGUACGCAUAGGAAAAUGAUCCCUUUAUUGUGUGUGUGUUGGGUGGGUGUCUGAGGAAUGUUUUACUGCAUUUCAGCUUGCAGAGGUAUCACCACCCGUCCCAUGGCCACCUGGAUCAUGUCUAGGGAAGAAAAAGAAGAAUGACGUUAUUACAUGGCCUUCAAGAGCUACAUGACUGCUGAGGUGACAUUACGGACCCCUUAGGAUUUGUGGCAUUCCUUGUGUAUUUGUUUCCCGUUUGUGCCACUUCGUUUCUCCUUUGUACUUGUGACACUAUUUGAGGUUUUUAACGCCUAUCUCUAUUAGGUGUGACUGGCAACUGCAGUGGGUUGAAUCCUACUAGUUCAGUGUUUCCCAACUCCAGGCAGGGGUAGAGUAGGCAUUUUUGUUGAAGCCCUGGAGAGGCACAGCUGAUUGAAAGAGUUGAAUCAGGCGCAACAACAACAACAACAAGAAGAACAACACCAAUCAAUGUGAAGAGUGGGACAUCACAGUUGGGCCUUGUGUUCAACAUAGCUCAGUAUUUGAGUGUGUUUCCCGCGCAUGCAAGUAGCUUUGAUUUCUUCUUCCUCCAUAGUUCCCUAGAACGAACGCCCUCCCCUUUGCAGCAGAGGCCAGGCAAAAGCGCGCGCUUUCUGUGCCACUGGCUUCAAUCAGGUCCACCAAACGCAGAUAAUAAGAGCACCGAGCACCGAAAAUUACGUCAUUAAUUCACUUGAACUCAGCUAGUGAACACACGAUGUCUGGAAGAGGUAAAGGCGGCAAGGGACUCGGAAAAGGAGGCGCCAAGCGUCACCGUAAGGUUCUCCGCGAUAACAUCCAGGGAAUCACCAAGCCCGCCAUUCGCCGUCUGGCUCGCCGUGGCGGCGUGAAGCGUAUCUCCGGGCUGAUCUACGAGGAGACCCGCGGUGUCCUGAAGGUGUUCCUUGAGAACGUGAUCCGUGACGCCGUCACCUACACCGAGCACGCCAAGAGGAAGACCGUUACGGCCAUGGACGUGGUCUACGCUCUGAAACGCCAGGGACGCACCCUGUACGGUUUCGGCGGUUAAACGCACUCUUCUCGGAACGUCAACAUCCCGACUUGAACCCAAAGGCUCUUUUAAGAGCCAC